AUGACUCACUUACAAGCUGGUCUCUCUCCUGAGACUCUGGAGAAAGCUCGCCUGGAACUCAAUGAGAACCCAGACACAUUGCACCAGGACAUCCAGGAGGUGAGGGAUAUGGUCAUCACCAGGCCGGACAUUGGUUUUCUACGCACGGAUGAUGCUUUCAUCUUACGCUUCUUGCGGGCCCGGAAGUUUCAUCACUUCGAGGCCUUCCGACUCUUGGCCCAGUACUUUGAGUACAGGCAGCAGAAUCUGGACAUGUUCAAAAGCUUCAAGGCCACCGAUCCUGGCAUCAAGCAGGCUCUGAAGGAUGGAUUUCCUGGGGGCCUGGCCAAUCUGGACCAUUAUGGAAGGAAGAUUCUAGUCCUUUUUGCUGCCAACUGGGAUCAGAGCAGGUACACAUUGGUGGAUAUUUUGCGUGCCAUCUUACUUUCUUUAGAAGCUAUGAUUGAAGAUCCCGAGCUUCAAGUAAAUGGGUUUGUUUUGAUCAUAGACUGGAGUAACUUCACCUUCAAGCAAGCCUCUAAACUUACACCCAGCAUGUUGCGACUAGCCAUUGAAGGCUUACAGGUAAGAAUUCAUGGAUUGCUAUUUCUAGAUUUCUACUAUGGAGAACCCUACAAUGUUAAAUUCUACAUUUCAGGAGUUUGUCUUCUUUUUGGUCAUUCUGAGGUUGGAAGAGAGGGAUUUACAAUUGCCAGUGCAUUCCUAAAGAAGAGAAGCAGAAAAUAAAUAUUUUUACAUGGUAACAACCUGAACAGUCUACACCAACUAAUUCAUCCUGAGAUUCUACCCUCUGAGUUUGGAGGAAUGCUGCCCCCUUAUGACAUGGGCACAUGGGCAAGAACACUGCUGGACCAUGAGUAUGAUGAUGACAGCGAAUACAACAUGGACCCCUACAGCAUGCCUGUGAAAGAAGUAGAAAAGGAACUCUCCCCCAAGUCGAUGAAGAGAUCACAAUCAGUAGUGGAUCCCACAAUACUAAAACGCAUGGAUAAAAAUGAGGAAGAAAAUAUGCAGCCUUUGCUAUCUCUGGACUAA